CUCGGCGUUGCGUGUCCACGCGUUGAGUGGCCUGAACUGGAUGCUAUCCCUCCUGACGUUGGCACUGGGUUUAGUACCGGCCGGUGUGAACUUGUUUGAUUGGGCACGUACCUCGUUCACCUUCGUGGAGCUGUUCCCCUCAGGCCCGAUGGUGUGUGAUGUAUUCACCAAUAUUUCUACUAGCUUGUACACAGAGUUAGAACCUAUCACUCGGGCAUUUGCGAUGGCUGCUGACUUCAUGGUCCUUGCCGUGACCUGUCACUACACGCAUGGUCAAUACAGGCAUCUCAUGGAGAUUGGCAGGAGGCUCUCACUUCCCAUGUUAUUCCUACGAGACGGAUUCGUAUAUUUCUUGUACGCCGUCUACAAGCACGCAUCAUCACGCAAUGCAUAUAGACACCUAUAACAGCUUGUUUAUGCUUCUUUCCGCCGUCAACGUGGUUUUGGUUAAUGUGCACGCAAAUGACAAUCUCAACGUGGGGCUUGUUUUCAUACCUCCUCUGACCAGCAUCAUCGUAUCGCGAUUUUUCCUCAACAUACAGGAGGCUGGUCAACCGUCACAUGUUUAUCAUGGACCGGAAACAGGAACGGAGGUUUCUUUGGGCGACGCGACAGAGUCACAGGACGCGCAUGAGAUGACAACGAUUGGCUUUGCUGAUGGCACGCAGAUAGCGGAGAUAUGGACCCACAACGGCAACAAUGCAGAAUUCAACGAUGACAACUUGGGUACAUAAUUUCAGAAGACCCACACCUUGAGGCUCGCAUCCCCACCCUCCAUAACUCGCAAUUCUGUAAAUGAUAUAUUCAUCACGCUUGUGGUGGAUUACAGAGAAA